AUGGCCUCCGGCCAACCGUUCGCGUCGCGCUCCUACGCGGGCACCAAGAUGCCAGACCGCUCUGUCAACACAAACGCUAUGCCCUUCAGCGCCUCAUCUUUCUCGAGGCAUCGCGGUAUGGGCAACCCGGGUCCUGGAGACUUCGGUGGCCCCGAGGGCCCUAAGCAAACGCAGCAGCCUCCAUCCGCACCUGCAGCGACGCAGUCCCAUGGGCCGGGACAGGAUGCGAACCCGCUGAGUCGGUUGACUGAAGAGCAAAGAGAGGAGAUUAAUGAAGCUUUCACCCUCUUCGACCUCGACCGCGACCGCCACCUAGACUACCACGAACUCCGCGUCGCCUUCCGCGCCCUAGGCUUCACCCUAACAAAACAAGAGCUCAUCUCCCUCCUCACAACCUACGGCGUACCCCGCCCCCAAGUCCAACAACAACAGCAACAAUCCUCCUCCUCCGCCCUCCAACAAAACUCCAAACAAACAGGCUCAAACCCCCAACACCCCUCCAACCUCCUCAUGCCUCUAUCCUCCUUCCAAGCCGUCACGGCCCUGAAGAUUCUGGAGCGAGACCCGCGUGAUGAGAUCCUCCGCGCGUUCGAGUUGUUCGAUGAGGGCGGGAAGGGUUUCAUCGAUUUGGAGGAUUUAAGGCGCGUGGCGAGGGAGUUGGGCGAGACGGGGCUUGAGGAGGAGGAGUUGAGGGCUAUGAUUGAGGAGUUUGAUCUGGAGGGUGUUGGGGGUGUUACGAGGGAGGCUUUUGUGGGAAUUUGUUGGCAGUGA